AAGGAGGCGCCAUGCGUCACGUCCGAUCGAGCGUUGUUCCCUGUGGUUGUUCCCCUGAGCACAAACGUCGUACCGACCCCGAUGGCAUCCGAUCGAGAGAAAGCACGCUGUUCGGAAUUCGGCGAGGAAGCUAUGCCGUCUGAACCGCCGGAAGACCACAGGGCAGCUCGAGAUCCAUGUCACAGCUGGUAAACGCAGCAUGCGCAGCGGUGGCAGGUGGGGACUGGUCUAGCCUGCAACCGCAAACCAACUUCUCGCUGAAUAUUUUCAUUCGAACGGCGGCGCUCGAGCGGCCUUCACGCUGCUGCUGCGUGCAACGCAGAGACAUCAUGGCGGAGGCAGAAGGCCGACCCGCCGAGCCCGCGGGAUGGGCCAAGGCGCUCAUGUCUGUGUGCUCGCUGAUGUUCGGCGUCAGCGCCUGGGUCAGCAUCAACGGACUCUGGGUCCAGAUGCCGCUGCUGGUGCCCCGCCUGCCCGAGGGCUGGAACCUGGGCUCCAUCUUGGUCAUCGUCAUCCAGGUUGCCAACCUGGGUCCUCUGGCGUAUACCCUGGCUCGAAAGCGUGUCCAGGUGAAGGCGGCCGUGCACGCCACGCUGUUCGUGGGCCUGACGGCGGGCGUCCUGCUGGUCUUCCUCUGGCAAGAGACCGUGGGCGGCCACAGCGUCGCCUUCAUCGCGCUCGCCUUCUUCCUCUCCAUGGUGGACUGCACCAGCUCCGUGCUCUACAUGCCCUUCAUGGCGCGAUACCCGCAGCAGUUCCUCUUCUGGUACAUGGUUGGCGAAGGCCUAAGCGGACUAGUGCCCGCAGGCCUGGCACUAGCUCAGGGCGUGGACAACAAAGCUGAUAAUGAGACGACGACUAACGCAACGCACGGCAAUGCCACCCACGCCGGAGGCACCGUGGGACCUCGUUUCAGCAUCGAAGUCUUCCUCAGUCUGCUCUGCGUCAUCGUCGCCAUCAGCUGGGCUGCCUUCUCUGUUCUCGCACACCUCCCAGCGCUCGUCGCUUACCAGAUCCCGGGCCAAACGUUGAAGAAGAAAAAGGAACCGAGUCUCAAGUACGGGUCCAACGACAAUCGCGGCUACGUUCCCGAAGAUGGGACGGACCAUGUCGUGCCGCAGGUUCUACAGCAGCCCAACGGACUCGAACGAGCCGGCCCGAGCGAUGAUCCAGGCAAGGGCGAUGAUCUCAUGAAGCGCUGGCAAUGGAACCUCGCACUCGCCAUGCAGUCCACCAUUGCCGCCCUGAGCAACGGAGUCCUGCUCGCUGUACAGACGUACUCCAGCCUUCCGUACGGCCAACUCCCGUACCAUCUUGCCACCAACCUGGCGACCAUCGCCAACCCGCUGUCGUGUGCCGUGGCCGGACUGCUCCCGGUCCGAAGCCUGUGGGCUCUCGUCCUGUUCACCCUGGGGGGACUCGUCUGCGCCGGCUACAUCCUCUUCCUGGCCGUCGAAAGCCCCGAACCGAUCCUCGUCGGCACCGUCACCGGGGCAGCUCUCAUGGUCUUGGCCUGGGUCGCCUUCGUGUCGCUGAUGACGUUCGUGAAGAGCCGGCUGGCUGCGGGCAUGAUGUCCCACGGAGGGGCGCGGUCGCUCCUCUGGUACGGAGUGGCGACGCAGGGAGGUUCCUUCGUCGGCGCCCUCACCAUGUUCUUCGUCACCAACUACACGCACGUGUUCAAGUCCGCCUGACCAGGAAGGCCACGACGCUCGACGUGACCAAAGGAUGGACAGAAUUGUGCGUCUUACUAGGAUCUCAGUCAAGUGGACAACAGUCAACGAUUCAGCCGUGCAACUUUUGUCAAGCGAUGGAGUGUCAAAUAUGGCAAUCGCUGAUGGACUUAAACUGUUUACAAGCACCCGGCACGAGUGUGGGCAUUGAACCACCUAGAAGAAAAGGCCUGCGCAUCCCCAAACGUCCUCACUAGUAGAAGCGCCGCCUACCUCGAGUCCAGGAGUUCCCCUAGGAUUUAAGAAGGGGGGGGUCUGAACUUCCGCAGUUUUGGGAGGGAGCGGGUUAGACACAAGGAGGCUUUUUUUAUCUACUUCACUCUUUUUCAGCUGAUUUUUUUUUUUCUGAGGGGAAAAGGGGGGGGGGGGGGGGGCAGAUGUGCAUACGUGGUGACCGAGAGUUUCUGGAAUUCUAAAUUCAGCAUGGCAGUUUAAACAUUUAAUGAAGAAAGCGAAACGCAACGUGAGACAAUAUCAGCCACGGUACCAAUACUAUGGUAGCGCAAUGAAUGUCAAUGACGAAUAUAUAUUCAACCGAAAAGGAGCCUGCCAGCACAGAAACGGUUUCAGUAUUUCGAGGAAUCGUCAGCGAAAGUCAAAGCUUUCUCUGCGAUGCAAACACAUAUCUGAAUAGGUUAUCUCACGAUAUAAAAAAAAAGGCGACCAAUAUGAAUAAAUUGUAGUCGCGCCCUGUCUUCCUACGUAAUAAAGAAGACAAUACG